AUGGACAUCAGAGGUCUUGAUGUUGGUUACUAUAAUUGCCUUUUCUAUUCUCUCAUAUUUUUGUCGCCCAUUCUAGUUUUUCUGUUUGCCCAGCGCAAUUCGCGGCUACCACCAGGUCCAUUUGCAUGGCCGGUCAUAGGCAACCUUUUCGACCUUGAAUGGAAGAGUGCACAUAUUUCUCUCGCCAAGCUUGCACAAUCUUAUGGGCCUAUAAUGUCUUUGAGAUUCGGCGCAAGACUGGCGAUAGUUGCAUCAUCACCAGAAGCUGCUAGAGAAGUACUCAAGACUCAUGAUCGGGAUCUAUCCGGAAGGUACGUUCCUCAAAUAUUGAAUCGAAUACCACAAAUUCACACUUCAAUAAUGGGAUUGGCCACAGAUUGCAAUGAGAGGUGGAGGUUUCUACGCAGCACUUCCCACAUGGGGCUUUUCUCAGCUAAGGCGCUGGAAUCGUGUUCACGAAUCAGACUAGAGAAGGCCAAAGAGAUGCUACACUUCUUGGGUUCAAAAGAAGGUGAAGUGGUAAAUAUUGCAGACAUUUUAUUUGCAACUACUGCUAAUACUUUGACUAAUGCUAUGCUGUCCCAAGAUAUUGUCGAGUCUUGGAACAAUAUUGGAGAAGUGAAAAGGAAAUCAAGAAAAAUGCUUGGGAUUGUAAUUCUAAGCUUAGCCGACCUUUAUCCUGCAAUUGGGGGUUUAGAUUUUUGGAUUAAGCAAAAAGCAGUAGAGGCUAACCAAAUAUACAGAGCCGUAUGGGGUGAUAUUGUAAGCAAGAGAAGAGGAGGGAGGCAGGACUCGAACCAUGACAUUUUAGACGUCCUGAUUGAAAGGUCCUUUGAUGAUUAUCAGAUCUACAAUUUCCUGUCGGAGCUUUUUCCCAGUUCUGAAGCCGUUAGCUCAGUAGUCGAAUGGGCAAUGAUAGAAUUAACAAGAAAUCAAGAAGCCUUUUCCAAACUUCGUGAUGAAAUCAUGACAAAAGAUAUUGAAGGAACUGCCUUAAGUGAGAAACGCCUAACCAAGCUGCCAUAUUUACAGGCCUGUAUAAAAGAAACACUUCGAUUGCAUCCUCCGGACCCAAUUCUUGUGCCUCGUUGUGCAUUGCAAACUUGCCAGAUCAUGAACUACAGAAUUCCAAAGAAUAGCUUGGUGAUUGUAAAUGCUUAUGCCUUAGGACGAGAUGAAAAGACAUGGGAAGAUGCUCAAAACUUCAAACCAGAACGGUUCCUCGGCAGAAAUUUUGACGUUAAGGGAACCCACUAUGAACUUUUGCCAUUUGGUGGAGGUAGAAGGAUGUGCCCUGGGCAGCACUGGGCUCUUACGGAGAUUCAGCUGCUUCUUGGAUCAUUGGUCUAUGCAUUUGAUUGGUUGGUUCCCCCAGGAUCGGACCCAGAAAGUCUUGAUAUGAGCGAAAAAUUGAUUGCCAUCACAUUGAAAAGGGAAAAGCCUCUGCUUUUGAUUCCGAAAAUGAAAAAUGACGUACCUCAAGAUUGGGCUGAAGCACUUGGAACCAAAGGGUUCUAG